GGACAAGACCGUUGAAGUCUUAGAUGGGGAUGAAGAAUUGCCAGCGUCAGGAGUGCUUUCUUUACCUUUCCAUGGUCCGUGGAUUGAAAAGAAGGAAAGAAGCGGCCGAUGAAGAAGCAAAGCUUGCUCUAAAAGAGUACGAGUCAUCAUUGAAGGAAUUCGAAGAGAAGAACGAGCCAAAAACUCAAGGAACAAAUAUUUUGAGUUGUAGGAGAGUUUUUGGAGCUCAAAAAAAGCAGGAACUUGUACCCAAAAAGAAAGCGACAUCAGACAAUUACUAUGGUGACAGUGAUAGUGAAGGUGAGAGAGAUGCCAGAGAAACUGGCAUUACUGCUCGUGAAGAAAAUAAUUUUCCUUAGAGGGAAGUUCAUUUUGAUCCCAGUUCACUUCGUGAAGAGUCUGAGAUUGGUCAUGAUUCUCUGUUUAAGAGUUUUGAGGACAUUGCGAGAGAACCAUGCACAAAGACUUCAUACGAAGUUUCCAUUUUUGCUGACGACUCGUGGAAAAAGGUUCA